CCACACCGCAUGAGAACUAAAGUGUUCGAUUGUUUCUGGUCGAACUGUUUAGACCGGUGCACCAGCUUGUGUGCGCAUCAGUAAAACUUGUGUGAUAAAUUCAUUGUAUUGCCUUCAGUAUUACGAGAAACAUCCGGGUUUUCUGAGAUUGCCAAAAGGUGUUUUUGACCAAAGUAGAGUCAUGGCUUCCCUGGGAAAUAACAGUCCCUCUGCAACUGAGUACACUGUGCGGGUUCCAAAAAACACCAGCAAGAAAUACAACAUAAUGGCUUUCAACUCUGGAGACAAAGUGAACUGUUCAACUUGGACGCAGGCUCGCAUGGAAAGAGACAUGAGUGCACGACGCAUAUACGGUGAAGAGGAGACAGUGGAGGGGGCAGCCGGCAGUGAAUUUGGUAAAAAGCAGCGAGAGGAAGCGCGAAGAAAGAAGUUUGGCAUCGUGACUCGCGAGUUUAAAGCGGAGGAUCAGCCCUGGAUUCUGAAGGUCAACGGAAAAGCUGGCAAAAGGUUCAAGGGCAUUAAGAAAGGCGGUGUUACGGAAAAUGCUUCCUACUACAUCUUCACUCAGUGUCCUGAUGGUGCAUUUGAGGCUUUUCCAGUCAACGGCUGGUACAACUUCACACCGUUGGCCAAGCACCGGACUCUCACCGCAGAGGAGGCGGAGGAGGAGUGGGGCAGGAGGAACAAGGUGGUGAACCACUUCAGCAUCAUGCUGCAGAGACGUCUGCGGGAGCAGGAACAUGGCGAGGAAGAUGAUGAGGAGAGCGAGAAGUCUGGGAAGAAGAAGAAGAAAGGAGGUGGAAAAGGAGGCGACCUGCGGAUUUAUGACCUUGAGGAUGACCUGGAGAUGAGCAGCGACGACAGUGACAGCAGCAUGGGGGAGGACGGUGAGGGCAAAACGAAGGUGAAGAAGGAGGCAAACAAAGGAAAGGGGAAGAACAAGAAGAAGAAGGGGAGUGACAAAGAGGCUCUGGAAGACAGUGAUGAUGGAGACCACGAGGGCCUGGAGGUGGACUACAUGUCCGACGAGAGCAGUUCAGAGGAGGAGCCAGAGAAGCUGAAGCCAAGCAAAGAGGAAGAUCACCCGAAAGGUAUUGACGAGGCCUCUGAGAGCGAGGAAGAGAGCGAGGAGGAGAAACCAAAUGAGGAGGAACAGAAGGAGGAAGAAGAAGAGGAGGAGGGGAAGAAAACACCAGUGCAGAUGGAGAAGAAAAAGAAAAAAGACAGCAGCGGAGAGUCAGACACUUCGGAUGACAGUGACAUCGAGGGAGAGACGGCUUCCGCUUUGUUCAUGAAAAAGCGCACUCCUCCCAAACGUCCAGGCGGUCGAGGAUCUGCAGGAAGCUCCAGGACCGGCAGCCGUCCAGGGACUCCAUCCAUAGACCCUGUGUCCACCUCCAACACACUGCGAGCUGCUGCCAGCAAACUCGAGCAAGGUAAAAGGCAAACACCAGGUCCGAGCACAGACUCUCCUGCUGCCAAGAGGCUGAAGAUGGACCCCAGCAGUCAAAGCCCGGCUCCUUCUGGGAAGAGCACGCCGCAACCGUCGUCUGGAAAGUCCACUCCCAGCUCCAACAGCGACCUGCAGCUGACAGAGGACGCUGUCCGGCGCUACCUGAUCCGGAAACCCAUGACGACAAAGGACCUGCUGAAGAAGUUCCAGACCAAACGGACUGGUUUGAGCAGCGAGCAGACGGUCAACGUCUUGGCUCAGAUCUUGAAGAGGCUCAAUCCAGAACGGAAGUACAUCAACGAGAAAAUGCACUUCUACCUUAAGGAGUGAACAUGUUUCAUUGUGUGGAGAGAAAAAAAAAACAGAUCAAUGUGUGUUGACUUAAGCUUUCUUUUUUUGUUAGAACCUUUGUAAUAAAAUGCAGUGAAAAUCCAA